UAUAGAUUUGACCCUUUAUUUGAAAAUGUUUUCAUAGCAACCCUUCCGGAUGAUGAUACAACUAAUGUAUUGAACAAGGUCAUUUCCUAGUGGUGGCAUAAAACCUCAAACAAUGAAUCAUGAACAAUCAUAAUGAUUCAAUUUUUUUCUGGCUACUGGUUUUCCAGAAACUCAUAUUCUACAUAAAUGUGCAAUAUUUGUGGACGUGGAAAAAAAUCAAUCAUCUGAAUCGGAUUUUUCUUGAUUUAUGAUUUGAUAUUCAUAAAUCAAAUAUUCAUGAAAUCAAUACAUUUAUUUGAAUAUUGUUGCAGCAUUAUAGUAUCAAUACUAUUCGAUUGUACCAAGUGAACGCAAUCAAACAAUUUCUACAUUUUUUCAUAUUGAUCGAUUGAAAAAAACAUGUGCACUGUUUUAAUAUAGAAAUGAUAAUAAUCAAAUUAUUGAUGGCCGAUCAUCAUCGAUAAUAUCACCGAUGAUUCAAUCAUUUUUUUCUUUGGAAAAAACGUACGAAACUGUCAUUCUGAUAAUUAUGAUUGAUCAUAAUAAUAAUCAUCAUCAUCAUCAAGGAUAAUAUUCAAAAUACACAAUAAUUAAACUCAUUCGAGGUCAAGUUCAAGGUUAAAUACGAUGAAAAACCGAACGAAAAAAAAAUGAAAAGAAAAACAAAACACUUCUGAGAACAAUGAAUGUUUUUUUAAGAAAUGAAAAAAAAAAACAAUACUUAAUCGAUCAACCCUACGUGAAUCGUGCAAGAAAAAAUUUGAAAACAAUAAAAAUCGUGGAUGAACAAUAAUAGUGAUGAAUCGAUAAAUCCUUUUUUGCUUCAAGAAAAUGAAGCUUUUCAUCAAGCCUAAGGCAUCAAGAUCAAUGAACGUGUAUCCAUUCAUCAAGAUCGCACUAAGUGCAAUCAAUUAUUAUUCGUGUUUCUUGUCAAUGAUCAUGUCAAUCAUCUUGAUAGAUUUUUUCGCCUUUAAAAAAAAUCACACUAAACAUAGAAUUAAAAUUGCUCGGAAUUUUGAAUGAAAAUUAUUUGUUCGCCGAUCGAUUGCCGUUGAUUGAUGUGGAAUAAAUGAAUAAAGAAUGAUUGAUUUGUUUUUUUCGUUGGACAAAUGCAUACAAUCUGGACAUUAUUAUAAUGAUGAUGAUCAAGAUGAAGUUAUUCUUUCAUUAUUAACCCUUUGAAAACUGAAUGUUUUUCUUGUACAAUUGUUAUUAUCAUGAACAAAUGACAAUGAUGGUAAACUGGAGCUUGUUCUUUUUCACUUUACUUUACCAUCAUUAUGAUCGACCAUCAUCAACAAGGCAAAUAAUAUACACACAAAAGAAAGGGUAUGCCCAUCGUCGUUUGGACAUCUACCUAUUCAUUCAUUCUACAUUCACAUCACGCGAACAUGUAUGAAUGAAUGAACAAAUAAACAAUCUUCAAUCUCUUCCAUCCAUAAGUCCAAACCUAAAUGGGUAUUUCUACCAUUCGUCAUUUCAUGUAUGCUAUUCAUUCGUGAUGACCAUCACUUGAAGAAUAGAACAAUCACCUUGAAAUUAAGCAAGCAAAUAUUUUGUUUUCAAAAAUUGUUAUUGCGCGCGUCUAUAUGUCCAUCAUCAUUAUCCAUAUUGUAUCCGAAAUCGUUUGAAUGGAUAAAAAUGUUUAAAAAUCAAAUGGCUAUAUCAGUUAUUGAUUGAUAAGAAUACUGCAUUCUUCAUUGAAUUUUUUAAAUAAUCACAUCGCAAAGAAUUUUUACUCCAAAAAUUUAUUUCAAUCAAUCCAAUAACGAAACGAAUAAAAAGGUCAAAAAUGUCAAACGUUCAACAGCGAAUAAAUCAAAAUCAUCAUCAUUCCACGAAUCGUGAACAAUUAUUUCGACGAUUAUAUCUCAUCAUUUUAUUAUUAAUAUUCAUCGAAUCGACAUUUUCCUCAACAAUUUCCUCAAAUAGAGCCAAAACGAACGAAGAUCGAUUGAUGAGAAAAUCUCAUAGAACAGUUAGACACAUGUGCGGAAAAUAUGAUCAUCCUGUCAGACUUGAAUCACAAAAAUCGGCGAAAAAAAUUCAAACGAAAAAAAGAAAUAGCAGCAAAUUACGAAAAGCUAGACAAAAUCUAAUAGGAAAUGUUGAAUCACCACUAUCACUUUCGGACGUAGACAAAGACAAUUCGACCAUUGAAAAAUUAUUGAGUCGAGAAAGUGAAAUUAUAGUGCCAUUACCUUUACCUUCAUGGGAAACUUCAUCAUCGAAGCCAAUAAACGAUACCAAUAAUUUGUCGGAUAAUGAGCUCACUCUUGAAAAUAACCCUGUCAUGAAAGAAUGUUCAAACGAAAUACUUAUGAAAGAUUUAGGCGUUUCGUGUCUGAAAAAAUCUUUGGAUAUGACACCUCCUGAAAAUCUUGAUGGUCGAAAUUCAGAGUCUCGACAUUUUAGUGUCGCUCCAAUGAUGAUCGAUAAGAGAAUGAAUGUUUCGAAUUCAUUCAAGACUCCUGCCGAUACUGCUCGAUUAAUGUAUGCAUUGAAUGGCUCUCGUGAUCAGAUAAAGCUAUUAAGACGUCCACCGAAAGUUCAAACCAAAUUUCAGUCAACAUCCGUAAAUAAUCAUCCUAAACAAGGGGUUUCGACGCCUCAUUUUCCUUUGAACCGUAAUCCAUUUUUGUCUAGUGUACCGAAAAUUGAAUUAGAUCCCAAAAUCAAAGAAGAUCUAGAAUUGUUGAGUAGUUUAAAAUCCAGUUUGGGCAUUUUAAAUGCACAGGCAUCGAACAUCAAACAAAGAACUAAACUGCUGUACACCGAAGCGAAACGAAGAAGAAUGAUGUUCUUCGAUAGACUAUUACUGCAAACAAAUAGCAUAAUAACCGAAAAACGAGAUAAAACAAGCCAUACCAUUGAUAUUAUAGAAGUAACAAUGAAUCGAAUGCGAAAACAACAAGCAGUGAAAGCUUACAAUAAAUAUAGACGUAACAUGAGAUUGGUAGAUCCCAGCUUUGACCGAUAUCCGAAUGGUAUGCUCAAACCGUUGCCUAAAGUCCCAGAAAUUAAUCAGAGGCAAAUCGAUCAACUGAUGGUCAAUUGUGUAGACCAUUCUAAACAAAUGAUGGCAGUGAUAGGGCAACUAAACGAAGCCUUAGAUGAAUUCGAAAUGCAAUUCAAUUUUCCUCGCUUUGAACCCAACUCAAUCAUCGAUGAAUAUUUGAAAGAUGUCGAAUUAUGAGAUACAAAUCAUAACAUGAUCUUUAUUUUGAUUGAAUCCCUCUGGCUAAUCUCUGGUGGUAUUAUUUGUAGUUAUAUUUCGUGAUUCGUUCCCUUCCCAUUUUAUUUAUUAUCGUAAGUACAAAAACCUUUUGUAUAAUUUUAUUUCAAUAAAGCUUCAUAGAAUGAAUGAAUCUUAAUAAAUUAAAAAUUCGAAGUAGAGCCAUCUGUUGACAGUAAUAAAUAAUGUUUUAUUUUAUUGAUAACAGAUGGC